UAUAUCUUUUAGCAUUUGAAGCCAUCUUUUUUAGCUCUCUCUUUAGUACUAUAUAAAUAUACAUACCUUGAUUUUGUUAUUUUGAUCAAGUAGUAAUUAAUCUACGAACCAAUAAUGGAGGAAGUUGAAGUUCCAUUGGAUUUUCUUUGCCCCAUUUCAUUCCAACUCAUGAGAGAUCCAGUCACCGUCUCAACAGGGAUCACCUACGAUCGAGAAAGCAUCGAGCGUUGGCUAUUCUCAUGCAAGAAUUACACUUGCCCUGUAACCAAACAGCCUCUGCUUAAUAAACUCACCGCCACAACUAAUGAUGAAGAUCAAGAUCACCUCCUUCUACUCACUCCCAACCACACUCUCCGCCGUCUCAUCCAAGCUUGGUGCACUCUCAACGCUUCAUACGGCAUCGAACGCAUUCCAACGCCCAAGCCUCCUAUCGACAAAUUGCAAGUCCUUAAACUCCUCAGCGAAGCCAAGAAUCACCCCAACUCUCAGCUCAAAUGCCUCCAAAAUCUCAAAGCCAUUGCCUCUCAGAGUGAAAGGAACAAGAGGUGUUUAGAGGCCGCCGGGACGGUGCAAUUCUUAGCUUUCUUAGUAAAGAAUCGGAGCGAUUCAGUGGCGAUAACCGAAGCCGCCGUUGAUCUUCUUUUCCUUCUUGUAAUCAAAAGCUCCGACGCCGGGUUGAAAAAACUGGUGGCCAACGACAGUUCUACGGACAUAGUUGAUUCAUUGGUGAGUGUUUUGAAAUGUGGGAACUACCAGUCCAGAGCUAAUGCAACAGUUUUACUCAAGUCCAUUCUUGAUUUGGCUGAUCCGAUCCGGAUAAUGAGCAUCGGAUCCGAACUAUUCAAGGAGGUUGUCAGCGUUCUAAGAGAUCAGAUAUCACAACAGGCGUCCAAGGCCAGUUUGAAGCUCCUAAUGGAGAUCUGUCCAUGGGGUAGGAACCGGAUCAAGGCGGUGGAAGGCGGCGUGGUUUCGGUCUUGAUCGAGAUGCUUCUUGACACACCGGAGAAGCGCGUUUGCGAGCUGACGCUUGUGGUUCUGGACCAGCUUUGCAGCUGCGCCGAGGGCAGGGCGGAGCUGUUGCGGCACGGAGCAGGGAUCGCCGUGGUGUCGAAGAAGAUCCUUAGGGUUUCGCACGUGGCGAGUGACCGUGCAGUGAGAAUACUGUCGUCGGUUUGUAGAUUCUCGGCUACUUCUAGGGUUCUUCAAGAGAUGCUUCAAGUCGGCAUUGUGGCGAAGUUGUGCUUGGUUUUACAGGUCGAAAGUAGUUUGAAGACAAAGGAGAAGGCUAAAGAGAUUCUGAAGUUGCAUUCUAGGGUUUGGAAGAGUUCUAAGUGUAUUCCUUCUAACUUGUUGUCUUCUUAUCCAUCUUCGUGACAACAUUCUUUUUUGUUUUUGUAUUUUUGGUUAUACCUAUUUAUUUUUGUGUAUAUAGACUAGAAAACAUGGGAGGCGUAAGCAUGAAACGAGUAUCGAUGGAUCUGUUGAAUUUUUCUAUUUCAUAUUAAUGUAGUUUUUUUGGAAGGAUUUUAGGUCAUAGUUGACACUUUGCAGAAAAUGGCAUGUAAUAACAGCUUUAAAAAAGUUUCUGAGGUAACGCACU